AUGCUGUGCCUGUUUGUGACAACGAUCGAAGGUAAGCUUAUGUAUUGUCGAAUUUGAUAUGUAUUAACUUUAAAAACAAAAACAUCUUCCCCACAUUAGUAUAUUGAUUUCUUCUCGCCCAAAAAACAUAAGCGAAAUGUUUUGUCAUGAUUCAGAUCGGGCUAGAGCACCGAUGAGUUCUAAUGCCUUUCCCAAUCAUUUUCAGUAGGGAAGAUAUAGAGUCUCUGAAUUUCGCACAUCAACUUGGCAUUUUUUUACACACUCUGACUGCUUUUGUAUCGGAAAUCUUACUCGUUCCGCGAUUUCUGCCUCAUCUACUAAUGGUUAAAUGUACUUUCUAUGAAAUAUUCCGUAGCUGUCACUUUGUUUAUACCAAAUUAAAGGAGGAUUCUUUACUUUUAUGGCCACGUACAUACCUACGAUUGUUGUCUUGUCAUAACCGCACAGCUCCGCACAGUGCUGAUCGCGGCCGAGCGUAGUUACGCUCGUCGUGUAAAUAUCACCACACGUAAAAAUCACUUAAACGCUUAAAGGAGCCAAUCCCCCUACAUGUAUACCUAGAUUUGCACUAUAUAUCUCGAGACUUUUUCUUCAUGUAGAUCACUGUGUAAAUUCAGUAAACAAAGAUUUCACACUCAACCUCACGCAAGGAGUGUUUAUCGAUAAAAUUUAUCGCAUUAAUCACACAGAAACUUGAAAUUUCAACGCACCAACAUUAAGUCACCUCCGCUUCUCAUAAAAUCAUGGCAAAAUGCGGCAUUCUCUGUCCAAAGACACUGCUUUUAACGGAGAAACAACUCCACGCCAUACAUUUCUUUGUAGCGACUCGCAAUGUUUGCCCCCUGGCGAUCCCAUAAUCCUGUGAGCAAAACAUGGGUCUCCGAUUACUGGAAAAUCAUUCAUUGGUUUUACUCCUUUUUUUGAAUUACUCUUUCUCCUAUUGGCUGAAAUGCCGUAUGCCGUAAGUAUACCUAUAUCAAUAUCUAUAUAUUGCCAAAUGGACCUUUUGCGCCCAACAAUUUUUUUUCGGCCAAAAACUCUAAAGUAACUAUUAUAAAAACAAAGAGUGCAACUAUUGCUUUUCUUCUUCUCCUCCUUUCCUUCUUCUCGCUUUUUCUCUUUCCCCUUUCCUCUUCCUUCGUCAAUUGAUUUUCAGAGCUUCUCGGGUUAAAGACACCUGCCUUUUGACACCUUUGCACUCAAAUGACAGUCACUGCAAACUUCGUUAGGUUGGUUUUCAAAAAAAUGGUUCGAUAUAUAUCCUGUUAUAAGACCCCCUAGCCUGGUUUUGGAUUACUGUUCAUUAUUUUUACACCUAUGUGAAGGACAAAGAUAACGAACCACGUACCCAAAUCAUCAUCACCCGUUUGCCCACCAGUAACAGCCCCAUCGCCGGGGCCCACAGAAGAUGGCACAGCUGAUGAUGUUUGCUGAGCCGAUGAUGGCGCAAAAACCUGCGAUGAAGAUGGUCUCGUGACAUGUGACACUGAAUAUGUCAUCGCUGUUGAGGCAGACACUGAAUUUGACACCGAAACUGAUGGUGAUGGCGACAUUGACGCUGAAACCGAUGCCGAGACUGACCUAGAUGGCGACAUCGACUGCGACAUUGAUGUUGACAUGGAAUUUGACAUUGAUGUUGAGGCAACCACUGAAGUUGAUGUCGAGGCUGAAGUAGAUGGCGACAAUGAGGUUGACAUUGACUGCGAUAUUGAUGUAGAUAUGGAAUGUGACAUUGAUGUUGAGGCAGACACUGAAGUUGAUGUCGAGGCUGAAGUAGAUGGCGACAAUGAGGUUGACAUUGACUGCGAUAUUGAUGUGGAUAUGGAAUGUGACAUUGAUGUUGAGGCAGACACUGAAGUUGAUGUCGAGGCUGAAGUAGAUGGCGACAAUGAGGUUGACAUUGACUGCGAUAUUGAUGUUGACAUGGAAUUUGACAUUGACGUUGAGGCAGACACUGAAGUUGAUGUCGAGGCUGAAGUAGAUGGCGACAAUGAGGUUGACAUUGACUGCGAUAUUGAUGUAGAUAUGGAAUGUGACAUUGAUGUUGAGGCAGACACUGAAGUCGAUGUCGAGGCUGAAGUAGAUGGCGACAAUGAGGUUGACAUUGACUGCGAUAUUGAUGUAGAUAUGGAAUGUGACAUUGAUGUUGAGGCAGACACUGAAGUUGAUGUCGAGGCUGAAGUAGAUGUAGUCAAUGAGGUUGACAUUGACUGCGAUAUUGAUGUGGAUAUGGAAUGUGACAUUGAUGUUGAGGCAGACAGUGAAGUUGAUGUCGAGGCUGAAGUAGAUGUAGACAAUGAGGUUGACAUUGACUGCGAUAUUGAUGUUGACAUGGAAUUUGACAAUGAUAUUGAGGCAGACACUGAAGUUGAUGUCGAGGCUGAAGUAGAUGGCGACAAUGAGGUUGACAUUGACUGCGAUAUUGAUGUGGAUAUGGAAUGUGACAUUGAUGUUGAGGCAGACACUGAAGUUGACGCCGAGGCUGAAGUAGAUGGCGACAAUGAGGUUGACAUUGACUGCGAUAUUGAUGUAGAUAUGGAAUGUGACAUUGAUGAUGAGGCAGACACUGAAGUUGACGCCGAGGCUGAAGUAGAUGGCGACAACGAGGUUGACAUUGACUGCGAUAUUGAUGUAGAUAUGGAAUGUGACAUUGAUGAUAAGGCAGACACUGAUGUUGACGCCGAGGCUGAGGUGGAUGGUGAUACAGAUUGUGACAACGAUAUUGACUGAGACACCGAAGGUGAUGUUGACGGCGGAGCUGAAACAAAAAAAGGAAGUGUUUACUUCAGUAUUUAAAAUGGCUUUUCGUGUACUUCUUAAAUCUCUACAUUUAUUUCCGGUUAAAUACCCAAUUUUUUUAAAGUUUUACAGUUUUCCAAAGUCUCUUACAGUAAACUAGCAAGGAAAUGAUAAUGGAUAUGUCUGGCGGCAAACGAAAAAGAGCACAAUCUGACCUCUCACGUUCUAAACUCAAAUACAAAUAAGUUUACAAAUUUUUAACUGCCGAGCAAGAUAAAUUACAGGGGCACCCAACGACGGAGUCUUAAAUACAUUGAAAAAUCUUUUUAGGCUAUCCAGAGUGCUUUUACAUCUCUAGAAAUGCAUUCUAACCGGCGCUAUAAAGUUUGUAUCAAUUAAUUCAUCCUGGGGGAACUUGACUCUUUACGAAAGAAGAAAUUAUGAGGGAUUCAGUAUUAUUUUCCCGAAAAUGUUAGAUGCAAUUUAACAGAUCACGAAGGUGAUAAUUUUUGUGAUUCCUCUCUCCAUCACAUUUUUGAAUCCGAAAAUGUUAGGUAUCCUUUUUUCCACAAAAAAUAGUCUAACAUUGGUAGUAAAAUGUGAAAAAUUACACCUCAGAAAAUCGUAGGGAAUUUAUUAGAUAAGCUUCGAAAAUUGUACAUGAAUGGAAUUGUCAUCUAGAAAUUGUGAGCCGUCCUGAAGCUAUAGAAAGGCAAUAUUUGCUUCUCCCAACAUGCCAGAUAUUUUACAGAAAAUAGUCGUUGGGUGCCCCUGAGAUUAUAUCUGAUAUCAUGAGAAAUGUCUGCAAUUUGAUUGGCUUAGAGCAGUGGUAUUUCAGCUUAAUUUGAAAUACCUACAUGUGAAAAUUACAAACCUUUUGCGGGUAGUAGUAUAAACAAAAUAAUAAUAGCAUGAUUUGUAGUGAUAUUUGGCAUAAAUACCACUCGUGAUAUUUCAAUCACUCGUAGUAUUUAUGCCAAAUAUAAUAUCACUACAAAUCAUGCUGUUACCUAUACUAAUCCGGUGAGGAAUUCGGCAGAAAUACGAAUAAAACUGCCAGGAGUCCAUAGAAACUGGUUCUAGGUAUUGUUCAUGGGUACAUGCAAUAUAAUGUACUAGCCUGCCAGUCUAUAAGAGAGAGAUAAAUUACGGCCCAAACAGCCUGUGCGAAUUAGGCAAGGAUUAGGCCAUCAGAAACAGUUUUUCUGGGUGUGCAAUUUUCUGCAGCACGCAGAGUUCUAAUGUGCCUGCGGUCUGAUUGUACUGUUGCGGUUUAUUGUUUGAAGUAACUUAUAUUAUUCAUGUAUUAACAGGAGCUUCGCUUUUAGCUUUGGCUAGCUAAAGAUAUACAUAUAUUAAACAGCCGAUAUCAAAACAAUAUUCUCCCUGCCAAUCAGUUCUAAUUGGUUAGAUAUCCUGAGUUAUUGUUCAGGGUUUUAGGAAUUAUAUCGAGAAUAUAUUUCUGCGUUGGAGUACUUACGCGGUGCAUCAUCAUCUACAAUUACAACUGUUGUAAUGGCCGGACCUGCAAUGAGGUUACCGGACGGGGGCUGAUCGUCAAAAAUUGAGAACUCGAAUUCCAUUGUUUCGGUUCCUUCGAACACAUCAUCGUCUAUAAUAAUGAGGGUGAUAGGAUACUCAUUCGCCGCGAUGAAGGAUGAAAUUUGUAGGACUUCAUCCCUCGGUACGUAGUCGACAGAAGCCAAUGCUGUAAUGUCCAACACACUGAUCCUGAAACAAGGAAAGAUUCCCUGUUUAUAGAUUACAAAAUACGAAAGGACGAUCUAAUUCUAAGAAUAUAUUUGACACUCUCCUUGUUGAAUCCAAAUUUAGAGCUGCAAAAAGCGGCUGGAGGCUCGUUCAGAACUUCAAUAGACUUCUGUUGAGGACUACCUAGCCUGUUCCAGGCUCCGAGAUGGUGGUGGAAAGUCGUUCAGUAAUAAGAAAUGCGAAAAACGCACGGGGGCUGGGGAGAGACAGGGCGGCGGAGCCUGUACGCAUUUUUUUAACGGCCUGUUCCGGUAUAUCAGCUCCUGAUAUACCCUCGAUUGGUCAAUUGUGACAGUUAACAUCAUCACCUAGUAGCGUGGUCAUCAGUUUGUCAUCACCAAGAUGGCUAACGCGAAUCGCGCGUGUGAUCUUCAUGAGUCCGCUUUGUCUUGUGCUUUAGACGAGUGCUCAGGGCACCCAACGACAAUUUUCGGAAAAUUAUCUGUUCGGAAGACGAUUUGAGGUCUAGAAUUUUCGGAUCAUUUUCUGAAAAAUUUAUUGCUUGCCUGCCUCUCCUAGGAUUUUCGAACUUCAAAAAAAUCGUAUAAUUGCCCAUUUUUAACGGAUUUUUACCCUAAAAAGGUCACCUAGAAUUUUCGGGAGCCUUUUUUCUGGCUGAAAUUUUCGAAAAGGUAAAUUUUGAUCCCUAUAAUUUUCGGAUCACUAUACUUUCAGCUAGGAAAUCCAAACAGAUGGAAAAUUUUUAGGGGAUAAAAAGAAGCCUUUAUCUACCGUUUAAAUACUAAAGUUCGUUCAACAAUGCUAUGUUUAUGUGAUUUUGAACUAUAUUCUCGUUGGAUGCCCCUGGAGUGUCUGCGACUUGGCUCGCGGUAAAGAUGUUUUCGGUAUUAUACCCACCGGUUUCGGCAAAAGUUUAAUCUUUCAGCUAUUCCCACGCUUGGCUAAAGCUGCUCUAACCCUAGAAAACUCUACGAUAAUAGUCGUUUCGCCGCUGAUAUCUAUAAUGCGAGACCAAGUGGAACAACUGAAAAAGCUUGGAUUUUCGGCCGCAGCUAUUUGGCAACGGUGAAGAGGGAGAGGAGGACGACAAGAAAGCGAGAGAAGGAAAGUGCGAAAUUGUUUUCGGUAAUCCGGAGUCCUGGUUGAUCACAAAGUGGCAAUAACAAAACAGUCCAAAGACUGUUAAGCUUAUUCCUCUAUCACCAAGGGAGAAAUUACGCGCUCCAGUCAAAAGACUCACACUGUUUUCCACUAUCAAGCUGGAGUUUAUUAAAUCACAAUGCAAUUCUCCUUAGUUGAGCUGCACUUCAUUCUUAUAAUUCUGGAUCUGUAAGUCACUAUCCGUGAUAAUUUAACAUUCUGCAAAGAAAACUAACGAGCUGGGCCCAGCGUGAUACAACAUUGCAGAAAAAUAUUACAUUAAUUAACGGACUAAAGAAAAUCACUUAGUUAGUCGGAUCCAGAGGCACUUUAGAGAAAAUUAAAACCCUUAUUCAGCCGCAAUAAAAAGCUUAACGUUCAAAAGAGGUCAAAGAAAAUGCUCUCUCAUCAGAGGGCAAAUCCUGCCUACCAGAAACAAACGCCACAGUAAAUCGAUAUGUGUGCCAUGACCUCUCAGUGUGAAACAAGCGGCUAAAGUCACAUUUGCUCAGUGACAAUGUAGAACCUUCCAGAAUAUAACCUACCUAUACCCAACAGAGGAAAAAACUUACCGCCCCUUUUAUUGCUAUAAACUAGAGCCAAAAAAAAAACGGAUGCUUUCACAGGAUAACGAAUUCGAAGACAUAAAUUUCCACACAUCGCACAAGGAGUUCGCGUCGCGUGCAAUGCUCACGCGAGAAACUUGAGAAUGAUUGUGAUUAACUGAAGUGUUUUAAACAGUUUUGACAGCCGAAUCCAGAAGUGACAAAAAUGGGCGGAAGGGGGUCGUUAAAGAAAUGCUAACAGGCUCUCUCUCAUUUUUCCCGCCGCCACCGCCCCCUUUCCCGAGUCGUGCGCGUCUUAUUUUCGCUUUACUCGUUUUAAUACGUUCCCACUAUACUAUCUGAGAGCCUGGCACAGGCUAAGGACUACCUUACUGCACGUACAACAUUUUCCUUGAUUCACAUUUCUAUUCCCCGCAAAGUUUUCUCUGCUCACUAGCGCGCGAUAGUGUUAAUUAAAUUUCUCUGGUACCAUUUCUGAAUUCUUUUCUUAAAGAAAAAGUCGCAAGACGUAAUUAUAAGAGCGCGUUUUCAACUUCAUAGAAAAGUCUUCUAUUCAUAAUAAACGUCGCUUUUUAAAACACAAACAAAAAGGUCAUUGAAAUAAAUAUUUUUGUUUUUAUUUUUCCUCCUUGAGCCUUAUUUCUCGAUUUGUUUUCAACCUGAACUAUGAUUUAAAUCCACUUAACCCCCACGUUUCCCUGCGUUUUCCAAGUAUAUCUACUUCAUUAAAUUAAAACUUGCCUUCGGUAAGGGGCACGUAACACGUUUUAUUUGUGGUGCUGACAAGUUCAGGACGCGUUGGAUUAACUGUAUUCCGAAAUAAGAAAUCAUUCAAUUGUUUUGGAUGUUAGACUGCAAUAAAUAGCCUGAAAUCUACUUGAAAUAACAUAUUAAGAUGCAUGGAACAUUCAAGUGGCCCAAAAAUCACGGUUGAGGAGAUUGGUAACUAUUGAAAGCUUUGCUUGUUAUUCCGGAAUACAAUCAAUCGAAUUCACACUAAGUUACAGGUAGAACUUAGAACUUAGAACCUUUUUUACUAAGAGAGCUUGUUGUCUUAUAUGUGUUACACCCAAAGGAAUCUGGGCAACUCCAUUAAUUUGUUUGUGUAUAUGCAUACUGGAAUUAAUCUGAUAAAACCUACAAGUGUGAUUUACAAGCGAAGCUAUUGUUUUAGAGUCUGGGGUCAAUUUAAUAAAACGUUUACAAGUUAUUAAGUGUAAUUUUCUAGUUUAGCGGUUGUUUAAUAGUCCGAAAACAAUAGCUACACUUGUCAAUUUCACUUGUAAAAGUUUUAUCAAAUUGAUGAAGACGGUGAUGGAGGUAGUGAUGAUGAUGAUGAUGAUGAUAGUGAUGACGAUAAUGAUAAUGUUGAUGAUUAUAAUGAUCACAUACGAAAGCACUGCAUUCGGUAGACUUUUUCUAGCUAAAUUUUUAACUAAAAACUGAAAUGGUAAGUAAUUUUCUCACCUCAGAUAAACAGGAAACGGGCCCCAAUAACCAAUAUUUUGGAGAAGCAAAAUAAAUUGAGUAGUUCCUUGACCCUCGCUUGCUACUGUUAGGGGUGGUGCUUGAAACUGGAAUGGGGAGCCUGAUAAUAAUAAUAACAAUAAUAACAAUAAUAAUAAAUUCAUUGAUAACUAUAUUCCUGUGCCAAUAAAUAUAGCGGUUGCCCAUUAAGUAAGGACACUUAGCUAAAAAACUAACUAAAUUGCUAGUUAACAUAUAUAGAAACAAUUAAGUUAGAACAUUUAUAAAACUAUGUAAUAAAUAAAAUUCAACCAAAAUAUAAUAACAUAAAUUGUAAAAGAAAUUCUAAGAGUUACACAGGGAGCAGAUGUCGCUGUCUUCUAGUAGAGAUAAAGGUAGCUAAAAUUAUUGUAAUUUUAUUCUUAAAAGCUUCUAAAGAUUGCUGUUUUCUUAUUUUGACAUCUAAUUUGGACCAGAGUAACAGGAUGUUACUAAAACGGGGAGCAGGGAGCGGGGAACCCCGGGGGGGGAGAGGGAUCCCAUAUGAAAGUGGCGGGGAUGCUGGUCGUCUCGCUUAGGGGUGUAAAUUUCGGACUUUGGUCUCACUUAGGGUGUUCUGGGCAAAACGCCAUUAUACUUAGCCGUAAUGGUCGCUUUUAGGAUUGCACGCGAACAGAUAUAGAAAAAUUAUAUAUUAUCAAUUUGUUUUAUUUACUCGAUUCAUGUAAUCAAGAUUUAAAAUGUUCUCUUUUAGAAAUCAAAAAAAGAUUGGACCACGCCCAGAUUGGUCUCCUUUAGGGGCUUAAUUCCAAAUUUCCGAAAAUCCUACUCACCGAAGCAUUCAAAAUUGGUACGUAACAUUUAAAAUGUUAAAAGCCCUUGUAUCAGUGGUAUGGGGCUAACAUCUUCCUCCCAUCUUCCAUAAGUCUCAUAGCUAUAGGGCACUCGUACUAGUGACUCGAGCCUACUCUUGACAUCGGGAGUAAAGGGUCUUGUCAUUCAGCAUUGGCUAUGUGUCGGGUUCACUCGCUCCCUUUUAAUUUGUAAAGCUAUUAAUGCGGCUUGAAGUUAAAUUGACCCUUUCUACAUCUGCACUCACAAGUCAUACCUAUAUGAUUCUGUCAAUCUGCAAACUGUUUUCAACUUGACUUAUCUGUGUUAAUUCACUGAGUUUGAUUAAUCGACUGGUAAACCAGAGGCUCGCUAGCAUUUUCCUCCACGGCUAGAAACUUUGGGCCAGUCGUGUAAAAGGAGUUUAGCCCGUGUCUGACAAAACCGCGUUCCAAGCCAUUUUCAAUUUUGCCCAACGCUUUUUUGUAAUUUUGACUAUGUUGUCACCUCUACGCUUUCUAAUAUCUAUUGUCCCGUUAACAAGAUUGAAAAGCUGUUAAAGGACCUAAAUGCUAAUAAGUCCCCCAGGCCUGAUGGUUUGGCACCGCGCAUCUUGGAAUGGGAAUCGGUUCUCUCUCCAUCUAUAUGUGCAUUACAAUCUAUAAGUCUUCGCGCUUGGCCAAUUGCUUAGCGAGUGGAAACGUGCUGACAUAACACCUUUGUUUAAGGUGGCUGAACACAGUUUUGCGCGCGGUCAGCGGUAACUCACGUGGUGGCGAAAAAAGCAGUGGUACAGAGAGGAAGAUUUCUCAAAAUCUACUCAUUAAAAUUUUGUGAUAUUUGGCAGAAUUUUUCCUUUUAUCGUAUUUUAAAUAAUGAGAACUUUAAAAUGGAAGUUGAACAGACGAAUUUUGUGACACAUUUAAUAAUUACAGUACAAUUGUAUUAUUGAUUAUCUAAAAACUUGUCUGUUAAGAUUCGGUCAAAUAAGUUUCAAAUGGUAAUGAUUAAUAAUAGUAAGCUGUGUGCAAGUUUAUAGGAAAAUCUAAUGAGCGAACUUUAUGUAAACUGGGCAAAAGUGAAAUUUUAAGGUUGUAUUCAAUCGUUCAUGUUGCCAUGGAAACUACGAAAAACUUACAUUUUACCUGUCAAUCAAAAUGUUUCGUCAAUGUAUUUUUCACUUGCCAAGUUUCAGCGUGUGAGCUGCAACCUUUCUCUUGACAUGAUUUGGCAAAUAACAUAUGCUCACAAACUACCAAAACUGUGUUCAGCCACCUUAAAGAAGGCACUAAAUACUGCAGAAACAAUUACCGUUAGGUUUCAAUAACUUCUAUCGUGUCAGUAAACUUGUAGAACAAAUAGUCAAACGCAGAAUUAUGGAUUUUGGGGGCGAAAGUUGGUUUAGUUGAUGGUAGUCGACUCAGGCACGUAGGGCCAGCUGUGGUACCACAGUUUGAAACGUGCGGAAAGAGAGUCAAAAAACCAAGCUUUCAUUCACCGUUACUACUUUUUUCUACUUUAUCAACGCACACUUUGUCGGGUUAUUUAAUUGAAGUUUUCUCCGGACGGAGUUGGCUUUUCCUUUUUCGGCGCUGACCCUCUUUCCUGGUCUGUUCACUGUGCCCUUGAUGAGAAUGACAGACCUUCAGACCUAUUUAUUUCCGGUUAAAUACCCAAUUUUUCCAAAGUUUCACAGUUUUCCAAAGUCUCUUACAGUAAACUACCAAGGAAAUGAUAAUGGAUAUGUCUGGCGACAAAUGAAAAAGAGCACAAUCUGACCUCUCACGUCCUAAACUCAAAUGCACAUAAGUUUAAAAAUUUUUAACUGCCAAGCAAGAUAGAUUACAGGGGCACCCAACGCGCGACGGAGUCUUAAAUACAUUGAAAACACUUUUUAGGCUAUCCAGAGUGCUUUUACAUCUCUAGAAAUGCGUUCUAACGGGCGCUAUAAAAUUUGUAUCAAUUAAUUCAUCCUGGGGGAACUUGACUCUUUUCGAAAUUACGAGGGAUUCAGUAUUAUUUUCCCGAAAAUGUUAGAUGCAAUUUAACAUAUCACGAAAGUGAUAAUUUUUGUGAUUCCUCUCUCCAUCACAUUUUUUAAUCCGAAAAUGAAAAAUAGUCUAACAUUGGUAGUGAAAUGUGAAAAAUUAAACUUCAGAAAAUCGUAGGGAAUUUGUUAGAUAAGCUUCGAAAAUUGUUCAUGAAUGGAAUUGUCAUCUAGAAAUUGUUAGCCGUUCUCAAGCUAUAGGAAACUAAAGGCAAUAUUUGCUUCUCCCAACAUGCCAGAUAUUUUACAGAAAAUAGUCGUUGGGUGCCCCUGAGAUUAUAUCUGUUAUACUACUACAUGAGAAAUGUCUGCAAUUUGAUUGGCUUAGAGCAGUGGUAUUUCAGCUUAAUUUGAAAUACCUACAUGUGAAAAUUACAAACCUUUUGCGGGUAGUAGUAUAAACAAAAUAAUAAUAGCAUGAUUUGUAGUGAUAUUUGGCAUAAAUACCACUCGUGAUAUUUCAAAAUUGUCUCAAUUUUGAAAUGCCACUCGUGGUAUUUAUGCCAAAUAUCACUACAAAUCAUGCUAUUACCUAUACUAAUCCGGUGAGGAAUUCGACAGAAAUACAAAUAAAACUGCCAGGAGUCCAUAGAAACUGGUUCUAGGUAUUGUUCAUGGGUACAUGCAAUAUAAUGUACUAGCCUGCCAGCCUGUAAGAGAGAGAUAAAUUACAGCCCAAACAGCCUGUGCGAAUUAGACAAGGAUUGAACAUUUAAGAUUAGGCCAUCAGAAACAGCUUUUCUGGGUGUGCAAUUUUCUGCAGCACGCUGAGUUCUAAUGUGCCGGCGGUCUGAUUUUACUGUUGCGGUUUAUUGUUUGAAGUAACUUAUUAAUGAAUUAACAGGAACUUCGCUUUUAGCACGAUAACAUAACAAUAUUACCCCUACCAAUUCUAGUUAGUUAGAUAUCCUGAGUUAUUGUUCAGGGUUUUAGGAAUUAUAUUGAAAAUAUUUUUCUUCGUUGGAGUACUUACUCGGGGCUUCAUCAUCUACAAUUACAAAUGGUACAAUGGCAGGACCUGCGAUGAGGUUACCGGACGGGGAUGGAUCGUCAAAAAGUAAAAAUAUGUAUUCCAGUGUUUCGUCUCCUUCAAACACAUCAUCGUCUAAAAUACUGUAAUUAACAAAAAUCGCUAUCACCCCCACGAAGGGUGAAAGAGUUAGGGCUCCAUCUAGCGGUCCGUAAUCUAAAUGAGCCGUGGCUGUAAUGUCCUCCGUGAAGCCCCUGAAACAAGAAAAGAAUCCCAGCUUAUAGAUUACAAAUACGAAACGAGGAUAUAAUUCUAAGAAUAUGUUUGGCACCCUACUUGUUGAACCCGAAUUUAGAGCUGCAAAGUGCUGGUAGCUCGUUAGCCAGAACUUCAAUAGACUUCCAUUGAUUACUGCCUUACUGCACGUACUACAGUUUGAUACAUUUUGCUUGUUUUAAAUUUCUAUUCUCCACAAAUUUUUCUCUGUUCACUAACGCCAGAUAGCGUUAUUUAAAUUUCUCUUGUACCAUUUCUUUUUUCUUAAGGUUUCGGCUAUUCCACAGCUGAUGUGCCGUAGUUACUAAAACCCGGAACGACCCACAACGAUCCACAACGAUCCACAACGACCCACAACGAUCCCACAACGAUCCACAACGAUCCACAACGAUCUUCAAACGACCGAGGACGAUCUCAAAACGACCCUCAACGAUCCCAGAACAAAAGAAAUCACCCAAGAAAAAAAUAUCAAAAACUUAACUUUUGAAUUUUUUCCAAACAUUGAAAAGCAUACUGAAUAGCAAACAUAACGACUCACAACUACCCAGAGUACCUUUGAUAGUCCGGUAACACAUUCAUAGGGUUGUCAAAAACAGGACAAAAUAAAUGGGCAAAUACAACUUUUCACGAGAAAGAAUCUCCAUUCAGAGACACAUUUGUAAGUACGAUCGAUGUCUCUUCGGCCGGCCAUCGAAUAAAGAUAUGUAUAAGACACAUGAAAAGUUUCAUCAGCUUUGUUCUCCGUAAACAUUUCUGGGCUAGCGAAGCGAACUGCUGGGCCGAUGGGUCAAAGGAGCAAAACCACGGCAAAGGCUGGAUUUUCAGUAUUUAUUAAAACAAUGCGGUAGAACGUAGUAAUGUGGUAAUCUGAAGCUAAAAAUUGCGAAAUGAUACAAAAUUAGAUGGGAAUCCUUAGCUAGCGAAAAGACAGUCAAAUAAACGAAGACAAAUUGCAGAAAACUUACAUUUGUCCAGCCUCGUAAAAACAUAGAGUUAAGAAACUCGCCAACUUAAAAACAUCUUCAUAAAAUCCUUGUUGAAAAACCUAGUACAUUCCGUGCCACACUUGAAGGAAAACGUAUUAUAUAACAAAAUCACAUGGGCGUAAAUUGUUCUCAGUCAGUUCCGGUUUAUGUAACGCAACGUUGUGGAUCGUUGUGGGUCGUUGUGGAUCGUUGUGGGUCGUUAUGGAUCGUUGUGGAUCGUUGUGGGUCGUUGUGGGUCGUUCCGGGUUUUAGUGACUACGGCUGAUGUGCUUUAUAAAAGUAGAAAAGUCGUAAGACCUAAAUUAACUUAUUAACGCGUUUUCAACUUUAUUGAAAAGUCUUCUAUUCAUAACGUAGCUUUUCAGAACACAAACGAAAAGGUGAUUGAAAAAAUAUAGUCAUUUUAAUUCCUAUUUUUCCUGUUAUUUUUCGGGUUAUUACUCAGAGAUGCUUGUCCUUUAAGUAAGGUUGACAGUCCACUCUUUCUUGAGCCUUAUUUCUGGCUUGUAUUCAAACUAAACUAUGAUUUAAAUCCACCUUGCCCCCACAUUCUCCCGCGUUUUCUAAGAAAAUGAGAAUAGGACAAUCCUGACAUGACUUUUGGAGGGCAUAUAGUUUAUUUGUAGCCCGAGUAGCAUCAUUUACACCGAGCGGAGCGAGGGUGCAAAUGAUGCUACAAGAGACACAAAUAAACUAUAAUAUGCCCGCCAAAAGUGAUGUGAAUAUCAUUAUUAUCAAUACACAAGGCCAAAUCACUUAAUAAGAAAACAAUGUUUAACAUUGAUAAUGAAACUAUCGGUAUAGAAAGUUGUUGCUACAAUGAGAUCAUCUAAACAAGAGCCCAAAAAAAUUCCAAUUUGUUUACAAUAAAGUCAAAUAUAAUCUAGUUUUAACAAGACUACUAUUUUUUUAAAUAUAAACUGUCUUUUCGCUAAUCAUUGUUACCAUCUUUGCAGCCAAUCAGAAUCAGGACGGCAAAUGCAUUUUCAGCCCACGCAUUUCCCUCUUGUUCCGCAAACAGGCGCGUUUUCCAGAGGGCAGUUAGUCAUUCGGCCGCGCGUAUUGAUAAUAAUAGGCAUUUCUUACGGGAAAUUCAAGCUUCAUGGUUAGGCAAGAGGUGUCCUGACAUCGUGAACCAACCAGUAUGCAGCUAUUUCGAGAAAGGUCGUCGGAAAAAGUGCACGCGACAAUCCAAAAAGGUGUUGUAGGUGGUUUUGAGUUCACUUUUCUUCAAAGAAAUUUGAAAGAAUGGCACUUGAGGCCAUGGACAUGUGUUCGCGAGUGCUAGAGGAAAGCACCACAAAUAAAUUCGACAGCUACAAUCGUCAGGAACAGUGUAUUGAUCAUAUCCCAUGUUACCUUUCGGGAUUGUCGCGUGCACAUUUUUCCGACAACCUCUCUCGAAAUAGCUGUUUGUACUUCAAAUAAAUCAACACCUGCCUAAGGUAAGGGGCAUGCAACUCGUUUUAUUUGUGGUCCUGGCUAGUUCAGGGCGCGUUGGAUUGACUGUAUUCCGAAAUAAGAAAUCAUUCAAUUGUUCUGUAUGUUAGACUACAAUAAAUAGCCAGAAAUCUUCUUUAAAUUACAUAUUAAGAUGCAUGGGGCAUUCAAGUGGCCCAAACAUCACGGCAGAGGAGAUUUGUAAUAAAGCUUGUUAUUCCGGAAUACAAUCAAUCGAAUUCACCCAAAGUUACAGGAAGAACUUAGAACGUUUUUCGCUAAGAAGGCUUGUUGUCUUAUAUGUGUUACACCCAAAAGGAAUUUGGGCAACUCCAUUAUGUUGUUUGUGUACGUAUUGCAUACUGGAGUUGAUUUUAUAACACUUACAAGUGUGAUUUUCAAGCGAAGGUAUUGUUUUAGAGUUUGGGGCAAUUGAAUAAAACUUUUACAAGUCAAUUGUAAUUUACUAGCUUAGCGGUUGUUUUAUAGUCCGAAAUCGAUAGCUACACUUGUCAAUUUUACUUGUAAAAAUUUUAUCAAAUUGAUGAUGACGGUGAUAGUGAUGGUGAUAAUGAUGAUACUGUUGAUGAUGAUAGUGAUAAUGAUGAUGAUGAUAGUGAUAGAGAUGUUGAUGUUGCUGAUGAUGUUGAUGAUGAUCGUGAUGGUGAUGAUGAUGAUGAUGAUGAUGGUGAUGAUGAUGAUGAUGAUAGCGACGGUAAUGAUGAUUGAUAUUGAUGAUUAUACUGAUCACACACGAUAGUGCUGCAUGAGGUAGACUUUUCCUAGCUAAAGCUUUAACUGAAAUCUGAAAUGGUAUUCUUCUCACCUCAGAUAAACGGGAGACGAGUCAAUCGGACCAGUACUAGUGAUAGUAAAAGUAAAUUGACCAGCUCCUUGAUCUUCACUUCCUACUACUUGUGAUGGUACUUGAAACUCGUAUAGGGCACCUAAUAAUAACAAUGAUAAUAAUAAUAAUAAUAAUAAUUACAUAUUGAUAACUAUAUUCCGUUGCCAAAAAAUAGCGGUUGCCCAUAAGGACACCUACCUAAAAGACCUAACUAAAAUACUAGGUAACGUAUAUAGAAAUAAUUAAGUUAGAAUAUUUAUAAAACUAUGCAAUAAAUAAAACUCAUGGAAAAUACAAUAACGAAGCACGUGGAAAGGGAAAAAGAAAAUACAAAACAAAACAGAGAAUUGGUUAUCAAGUUACAACCCCAGCCGGGAAUUUCGACUUUGCAGCGACCUUGAAACCGCUUUGAUUGAGACGCCGAAAUUUUCAAGUACCCUAUUAUAACAUCUUUUCCAAAAAAUAAAAUGAAAAUGAACAGUUCCUCCUUUCGAAUCUAGUUCGGCUUAAAUUAAGAUCUCCCCGUUUAAAUAAUUGGGUCGGCCUUAAUCGAAUUAGGUUAGGCUCAUAAAAAAUUCCUACCCACCGAAGCAUUCAAAAUUGGUAACAUUUAAAAUGUUAAAAACCCUUAUAUCAAUGGUAUAGGGCUACUAUCUUCCUUCCAUCUUCCAUAGGUCUCAUAGGGCAUUCGUACUAGUGACUCGACCCUACUCUUGACAUCGGGAGUAAAGGGCCUUGUCAUUCAGCAUCGGCUAUGUGUCGAGUUCACUCGCUCCCUUUUGUAAAACUAUUCAUGUCGCUGGAAGUUAAACAGACCCUUUCUACAUCUGAUCUUACAAGUCAUACCUAUAUGAUUCUCUCUCAGUCCGCAAGCUGUUUUCAACUUAACUUAUCUGUGUUAAUUCACUGCGUUUGAUUAAUCGAGUGGUAAACCAGAGGCUCGCUAGCAUUUUCCUUCACGGCUAGAAACUUUCGGCCAGUCGUUUAAAAGGAGUUUAACCCGUGUUUAACAAAACCGCGUUCUAAGCCAUUUUCAAUUUUGCCCAACGCUUUUAUGUAAUUUUGAUUAUGUUGUCACCCUAGCUUUCUAACAUCUAUAAUUGUUCCAUUAACACCGGAUUGAAAAGCUGUUAAAGGACCUAAAUGCUUAUAAGUCUCCAGGGCCUGACGGUUUGUCUCCGGGGUUCUAUUAGAAUGUGAAUCGGUUCUAUCUCCAUCUAUAUGUGCAUUACAAUCUAUAAGUCCUUCGCGCUUGGCCAAUUGCCUAGCAAGUGGAAACGCGCUGACAUAACACCUUUCUUCAAAAUAGGCACUGAAAACUUGCAGAAACAGUUAGCGUUAGAUUCUAUUAACUUCAAUUGUGUAUACAUAUAUCAUCUUCCUAACUAAUAACUAAAGCACUACAACUAAGAAAUAUAAAAAUGAAAAUACUAUAAUCGAAAGGGGUGAACAUCACACUGAAAAAAUGUAGUCGGAGAUGAUGGCUUUAAAUUUUGCAGUUGAAUUCAUUGUUAAAUAAUCAGAUGGCAGGCUAUUCCAGUCAAUGAUAGUUCUCGGCCAGAAGCUGUAUUUGUACAGUGUCCCAGGAUGGCUGUAGUGGAAUAAAUUUCAGUGGAUGAGAUGCUCUGGUUUUUAGGAAAGACUGAUGUUGUACAUAGCAGGGGAUAUCAAUAGCGGCCUGGCUGGUAACACAUUUGUACAUCAGUGUCAGUCUAGCUACUUGUCUUCUUUUUUCGAGAGUUGGCCAAUAUAGUUGCUUUAGGGCGUUGGUUACGCAUCCCUCCUCCCUCGUGUAAGUUCUUGUUACGAUGCGUGCUGCCUGUGCUAGACCUGUUCGAGCCAUGAUUUCUGGUAUGUUCUAUACGGAUCCCACUGGCAGUACAACCAUAUUCCAACGUUGAUCUCUUGUAGGCCUGAUCUUUAACCUUCUGUGGGCAAUGAUGCAAGUUCCUCUUGACAAAGCCAAGUGUCUAAUUGGCUUUGUUUGUAAUGUUCAGGAUAUGUGGCUUCCAUGCAUGUGUAGGUCCUCUGACAGAGAACCUCCGAGGUAAGGGUAGUGGUCUACAGUCUGUAGGGUAUGGCCAGGCAUAGUGUAUGGGUGUAUAAAAGGACACUUGGUUCUGCAAACGGGUAGAACGUAAAACUUUGAAUGCUCAGGGGCACCCAACGAGAAUAUAGUUCAAAACCACUUAAACAUAGCAUGGCUAAACGUAUUUUAGUAUUUAAACGAUAGAUAUAGGCAUAUUUUUAUCCCCUAAAAAUUAUUCCAUGUCAGCCCGCUUGUAGAGAUAAACAUUCCUUUUAGGGUUAGCUGGUGGAUUUGCUCUGAUAUUGAUAUCACAGAUAACAGCAUCAUAGUCACUCAUGCUCGGGACUAUGUAGACGUUACUGAUCAACAAGAUCUGGGUGGGAUGAGAAAAGCAGGUCAAGAAUGUUUCCCUGUUGAGUUGGUUCCGUUACCAUUUGAGUAAGGUUGAAAUCCCUUGCACAGGGCCACCCAACGAGAAUAUAGUUCAAAACCACGAAAACAUAGCAUUGUUAAACGUAUUUUAGUUUUUAAACACUAGAUAUAGGCAUAUUUUUAUCCCCUAAAAAUUUUUCAUCUGUUCGGAUUUCCUAGCUAUAGCUGAAAGUCUAGUGAUGCGAAAAUUAUAGGGAUCAAAACUUAACUUUUCGAAAAUUUCAGCCACAAAAAAGGCUCCCGAAAAUUCUAGGUGACCUUUUAACGGUAAAAAUCCGUUGAAAAUGGGCAAUUAUACCAUUUUUUAGAUGUUCGAAAAUCCUAGGAGAUAGGUAGGUAGGUAGAUUCUUUAUUUAAAACUCGGUAAAAUCUUCAGUAAUAAUAGAGUAAAAAUCUAAUUACAAUUAAUUAGACUAAAAACUAUCGACAUACUGUUUUACAAGACAUGCCGAGUGAGAGUCCGACGACUCAAAUAGAUGAUUGAUUUUCUCUUUAAAUUUCCUGACUGAUUUAAUUUCUCUCACAUUUUCGGGUAAAGAGUUCCACAACAAAGCACCGCUGUAACUGAAACUUCGUUUCAAGUAGUUAGUACGCGGCCUGGACAACGUCAAUUUAUGAAAGGAAUUGCGCAAAUCAUAGUCUGUCCUUCGUUCGUGAAAUAGGUUCUGCAAGUACACUGGAGCUUGUUCAUUUAGAGAUUUAAACAUCAUUAUUGCUUUAUGCUUCUUUCUCCUUAUAACUAAUUUGUCCCAUUUGAGUAUAUCAAGAAGCAGGCUCGAGCUAGUCACAUAGAAGAGGCAGGCAAGCAACAAAUUUUACAACAAAUGUUCCGAAAAAUUCUAGAUCUCAAAUCGUCUUCCGAACAGAUAUUUCCUGAAAAUUGUCGUUGGGUGCCCCUGUUUGCAAUGUCGAUCAUUUUCCAAUUGAUAGCGGCAGUAAACUAGCAGAAGAAAUAGUUAACAGCAGAAUUAUGGAUUUUUGGGGCGAAGCCAAUGUUAUACUCUUCAAUCCGAAACAAUUUGCGUACAUGAAAAAGGGUCGUUCAACGGUUACACAGCUGUUAUCCUGUUUUAACGACUUGGCAAAAUCUCGCAACAAGAGAAAUCCAACAAACGUAAUUGUCUUAGACUUUCUCCAAAGCGUUCGACAGUCUUCGACAUACGUCGAUCUGCUUCAUAGGCUAUUGAUGGCCCUCUUCUCAAUUAAUGGCUUUCGGAGCUUUUUACAGUCAGUCGCAACGUGUUGUUAAUUGCGCCGCAAUUAUUCGUCAUGCCGACUCAGGUAAAAUCAGGCGUACCUCAGGGAAUAAUUUUAGGGCCCAUCUUGUUCAUAAUGUACGUCAACGAUAUAUUCAUUGGAGUUUCGGCUUCCACCGUGAACUGAAUUGUAAUCUAUUGUACGUAGACGACAAAAAAUCUGUAGAGAGUUAGAGAGCAUUCCUGAUGAUGCAUGUGCUACAAUCUGAGUUGUUUCGACUUACAAAAACCUACAGAAUGGUGCAAAACCUGAAUGACAGUUGAAGUUUAACCCCCGGAUAAAUUUGAAACAAUGAGAAUAAGUCACAAACAAGAUAAGUCGAAAGGGAGCUAUGCACUCCUUAUCUAAAUGGUGAAAGUGUAAAGAGCGUGAAAAAUAUCAAAAGAUCUCGGUAUUACAAUAUCGUGCAAUCUCUCAUGGAGCGAUCAUAUUCACGAAGUCGUCAACAAAGCUAACAGAGUCCUUGGGGUGACUAAGCGCGUGCUUGGGUCUAAAACCAGUGUAACAAACAGAAUUCUCUUUGCUAUACAAAUAUCUAGUAAGACCGAUCCUGGAGUAUGCUGUUCCAGUGUGGUGCUCUUUCCUACUCAAGGACAUAGUUUUGCUAGAAAACUGAAGUCCAGAGGAGAGCGUCGAGACUGGCCCUCGGCCAAAAGAGGGGCGAAAUGGAAUACGAGGGAUGUUGUGCCAUUUUAAAACGGUCCCCAUUGGAGAAACGAAGAUUGUAUUUUUCUCUGAUGGAGUGUUAUAAAUGUAUAUUUUCUUUAAAUAACUUCUCUAAUUUCAAGACUAUUUUCAGUUAGCUUCCAAAAGAACAAGGAGCAACCAUAGUUACAAGCUAAGAUUUCAAAGCAUCUAGUUUAAACUGUUGCAAAUAUUCAUUUUUGGUUAGAAUUGUGAAAGAAUGGAACGAUUUACCGUAGUGGGUUGUCGGGGCGUAUGACGAGUGCCAAGUGUAAAUUGUUGUAUUUGUUAUUAAGAUUAACGUUACGUAAUGUGGCGAUGUGAAUAUUUAAGUAGGUUAUAUAAGUUGCUGCCUGAUUUAUUAACGUGAGCAUAUUUCCCUCAUGCAGUAGUCUCCCACAAGUGUUUCAGGGCGAGAAAUCUUGCAUGUUUUAAGCGUUCUUUAGGUUCAUUUUUAAAUAUCUCGUAGUAGAAUGUAUUUUUUUAUUAUUAUUUCCUUAUUGGUUUUGUUUUUAAUUACCCUUUUUGAAUAAACGUAUAGCUACGUAUGUAUCUAAACACCACUUAUCGUGAACAAUUUCGAUAAAGCAUAAAUCGUAGAAUGGAGAAGCACUUAUUUUCUUAGAUUAACCCACUAAUAAACAGAUCUGGAGGUCCAAUGAUUUCUUAAACCGCGGCCUAAGUUAGACCCUCUGACGGUCAUGGUCCCUUGAUCUUUUGUUUUGUUUUUGUUUUUGCUUUUGUUCUAGAGUUUAUAGUCAGGAAGAAAAAAAAAGAAAACGAAACAAAGGCACAGUGGUCCCGUACCCCUAG